AUGGUCUCCAUCAACUUUGUCAGGGUAGCGCUGCUGGCGGCGCCGCUUACAGCCAACGCCCAUUACAUCUUCUCCCAGCUCAUCGUCAACGGUGAGGCGGUCGGAUCGGACUACAGCUACAUUCGCCAGAACACCAACACAUACAUGCCUUCCUACACGGACGAUGUCAUCAACUCGGAGAACCUUCGCUGCAACGAGGGUGCCACGAACGCUGCUUCGGACACCUACGACGUCAUGGCGGGCGACACUGUUGGGUUCAAGCUCGCCUACGACGAGUUCAUCGAACACCCCGGUCCUGGCUUCGUCUACAUGAGUCUGGCCCCCGGCGGCGACGUCUCCAGCUACGACGGCUCAGGCGACUGGUUCAAAGUCUGGGAAAGCGGUCUCUCGGGCUCCGCCAGCAACGAGAACAACUGGGGCACCUGGCAAGACGACCGCAUCGAGUUCACCAUCCCCACCGACACACCUGACGGCGAGUACCUGGUCCGUCCAGAGCAUAUCGCUAUCCACGAGGGUCACGUCGGCAAGGCGCAGUUCUACAUGGAAUGUGCUCAGCUUCGUGUUUCGGGCGGUGGCAAUGGCUCACCGGGGCCGAUGGUGAAGAUUCCGGGCUUGUACACGGCUGAUGAGGUCAAUUUCGAUAUGUGGUCGCCUCCUGUCCCGUCGACUUACGCUAUGCCUGGACCGGCGGUGUGGAGUGGUGGUGGAUCUGCUGGUGGUUCUGCGAACUCCAGCUCGGGCAUUUCGAUGUCUGCGCCAGCUGCUCCAGCGCCCUCUGCGUCUCAGCCUGCCUUCUCCAUGCCGGCUGCACCUUCAGCGCCCGCCGCUUCUCCGCCCGCGUUUUCCUACCCAGCAGCACCAUCCGUCCCACCAGCAUACAGCCCAACUACAUUUGCGACCGUCACCGGCAGCGCGCCAGCCUUCAGCAUCGGUCCGGUCGCAAGCUUAGCCCCCACUGCGGCUUCUAGCUACGCUCCGGUCUCGAGCGGUGCUCCACCGGUUAACCCUGGUAACCCGGACUGCGAAGUCAGCUAUGUGAGGCUUUGA